UUGGAUCUUACUGUGUCAGUACUUAUACUAGUAACAAAUCAGAGAUUCUUGUCUUAAUCUGUAGCAGCAAGAUGUCGACAAGAAAACCUUCAUACACAAACCCAAGACCCUGCAAGCACCUUUCAGCUUACAAGCUCAAACAUGGGUUGAGUGGGUAUAAAUCACUCCAAAAGUGCCUCAAGACCACCCCAAAUGGACGCACCAGUGUUGAGAAUCCGGGCACGAAGAUAUCCAGAUGCAGUUUCUGUAAUGGGUAUCAAGGUAGACUCUAUUUCUGUCUGAUUUGCUCUUCAAUCUCAUGCUCAAGUCACACCCUUUUGCACACCCAGUCUCAGAUUGGCCAUGAUUUAGCGGUGGACAUUGAAAGGGCCGAGCUUUAUUGCUGUGCCUGCUCUGAUCAGGUCUAUGAUCCUGAUUUUGAUAAGACUGUCAUGUCUAAACACAUGUUGGACUUGAGUUGUAGCACAAACAGUGCACAUAGUAUAGGGGAGAGACUGUGUGAGAGGAAGAGGAUACAACUGGCUGAUUUGAACAAAUCAGGACAGCUGGCUCUGAUGAGAGAUCACAGGGCUAAAUCAUGUUAUCCAUUAGGUUUGAGGGGAUUGAAUAACUUGGGGAAUACCUGUUUCAUGAAUUCUGUGUUGCAAGCACUGUUGCAUGCUCCUCCCAUGAGAAAUUACUUCUUGAGUGAUCGGCAUAACCGCAGAACAUGCAGGAAGAGAUCUGCCAACCACCUCUGUUUGCCUUGUGAACUUGAUGGUAUUUUCUCCGCUGUCUACUCGGCUGGUGGUGAUCGCACUCCUUAUAGCCCAGCUCAAUUUCUUUACAGUUGGUGGCAGCAUUCAGAAAAUCUGGCAAGUUAUGAGCAGCAGGAUGCUCAUGAGUUUUUCAUUUCAGUGUUAGAUGGGAUCCAUGAGAGAGAAAGCAAAGCAAGGAACCAAACUAGAGAUAGUGGUGAUUGCCAGUGUAUUGCUCAUAGGGUGUUCUCUGGACAAUUGAGAUCAGAUGUCACUUGUAUGACUUGUGGAUUCACUUCAACAACUUACGACCCUUGUUUGGACAUAUCGCUCGACUUGGACACAAAUCAUUGCUCUAAUAAGCCUGUCAAACGAAAUGACAACAGCAGUACGUCUACUCUUCUAGGUUGUUUAGACUUGUUCACAAAACCAGAGAAGUUGGGAACGGACCAGAAACUGUACUGUCAAAACUGUCAAGAACUGCGAGACUCAUCAAAGCAACUGUCUAUUAGAAAGCUCCCUUUGGUGUUGUGUUUGCAUAUAAAACGAUUCGAGCACUCCCUGGUGAGAAAGAUGAUGAGGAAAAUUGAUAGCUAUAUGCAUUUUCCUUUCUCCUUAGACAUGACUCCAUAUCUGUCCUCUUCAAUUGUCAGAAAUAGAUUUGGGAAUAGAAUCUUUGCCUUUGAGGGUGAUGAUUCUGAUAUUUCUUCAGAAUAUGAGAUUUUUGCAGUUAUUACUCAUUCUGGGACACUAGACUCUGGCCAUUAUUUGACAUAUUUACGCAUAAAAGAUCAAUGGUAUAAAUGUGACAAUGCUUGGAUUAAUGAGGUUGAUGAGAGGGUUGUAAGAGCUUCACAGUGCUAUAUGAUGUUUUACGUGCACAAAACGCUUUACUAUAAAGCAAAAGAAGAUUCAAGUUGCUUGCCAGUUUCCACACGGAAGGAGGCUUUUCACAGGUUAGCUGGUUGCUGCUAAAGAGAAUGUUUAGAAUGAUCGUAACUAGCAGUUGGCCGAACUAGAAAUGGUGUUCUGGUAUAUCCCUUCAAGGAAGGAGAUAGUGAAAUGAUGAUUACCACUGCUGAAGAAACUUUUUCAGGAAUGCGAUCCUUUUGGGCUAGAGGAAGUCAUAAACAAAAUUGCAGAUUUCUGAAGAUGAGGAUUGAAGCUGAAAUACAUAAAUACCAACUGCAGUACUUCUGUUAAUGACUUGUUGAUGGGUAUCUUGUGAAUGGUUUUGAGAGAUAUUAAGGAAUUGGUGGAACUCUUUCUCUUCUAUAUGUCAGGUGCUUUGUUCUCUUUACUAGAUUAUUGCGCAGCAUUCUUUUGACUGCAGGUCAGUCAUGUACAGAUUUGGAACUAAUUUUUCCCAAUGUCUAUCAUUUAUUCCUCGACUGUUGUAACCUUAAUCCUCAAUUGUCCUUCUACUUAGUUUGUAUGAAAAUGUGAAAC